AUGGUCCUGCGUGUGGUCUUCGCGCACGACGCUGCCUGGCCGUUGGAUGCUGCUGCCGUGCCUCGGGGAGCUGGAGCUGGGAGGUCCGUUCUGGUGACGAUCGCCGGCCACGACUUUUCUGCGGCCUUCUGGGCCCUGGACCCGCCGGAAGCGGAAACGAAGUCAGAUGCACAGCUGGUGUUGCCGGCAUGGGUGGAACAAUUGGGGGUACAGCAGAAUGCGGAGGCUGAGGUCCGGGAUGACGACGUCUCUUUGGUCCAGGUCGUGGAGGUGGAGGGCCCUUGGACGUCCUUCACCUUGGCCUCCUCAGUCCUCUUCUGCCACACUGGGAUCCUGGAGGCGUUGCAACGUCAGCUGCAGCGCUUACCGCUGAUGCGGACGCCAAACGCGCACAGCUGGGCGGCGGUACGACUCAUGGGGGAGGUCUACAUCUUCAAGGUGAUAAAGAUUUGCACCGCAGAGGCCGACGAAAAGCGUUUGAAGGUCAAACAGAUGGCUUUUUGGAAGGCGAAGAUGCCCGACCCUCAUGUUCAGAGGGCAGCAACAGAAUGCCUGGCACUGCUGCGGAAAUCACCCCUGGUGCUCUGCGAAAGCGGUCCACCAGGGCAUGAACUACCCGGUUUCUUCCAGCUUCUACAGCGAAGCUGGUCUUCCGCCUUAGGCGGUGAGGUUUUCUUCCUUCCUUUGGUGGAGCUGCUAUGGGAGACCUUGCCGAGGAAGGGACUGCCACAAACCCUUGCGAGGCAGCUGAGGAACUUUCUGGAGCAAAUGGACCUGACGAAUGCAGAUGUGUUGUUCCUGGGGCCGUUGGAUGGGCCCUUACCUGAAUGUCCACAGUUGUCCAGCCAGCUAUGGCCCUUACAGAGCUGUUGUGGAUGCCGCCUGUUGGGCACCUGCUCCUCAAAGGAUCAGAUCCGACCUGCGUUGCUGGAGCUGUUUCAAGACAGCCUCACUGAGGAUGGGCACCUCCCUACGCUCCACUUGGCACUGCCCCUGCCCCCGGCAGCUGCGCCGGGCCGUGCCGUUGGGCACGGCACCUGCGGCCGCAGGCAGUUGAAGGAGGAAUUGCGAGCGACAGUGGUGAACUAUUUCACAUCGGCCGAAACCUUUCAUGCCAUGGGAAUCUCCUGGGCCCCGCGGAGUUUGCUGCAUGGCCCACCGGGCAGUGGCAAGACGCAGCUGCUGAAGUGGUUGGAGAAGCAGGUGGAGCCGCAUGCAGAAGUUACAUGGCUACGACCUGCAGAAAUUUGGUCGCGGUACUUGGGCGAGAGUGAGGAGCGUCUUCGAAAAGCCUUUGCUACCAUCCAGAAAAAACAUGCUGCUUUGCUACUCUUGGAAGGUCUGGACGAGUUUGUGAGGCCGAGCUCAGCCGAUUCCACAGGCGUUCAUGGACGCCUCGCAGCCACCCUCUUGACUCUCCUGGAUGGCAUCGAUGCGGGGAGGUCCUCGCGCCUGGGUCUGGCCAUUUGCGCCACCUCCCGGCGUCCAGCGGAGGACCUGGAUGCGCGUCUCACACGGCCGGGGCGCAUGGAUCGAUGGCUCAGGGUCACUUUGCCAGACGAAGAUGAUCGGUGGGAGAUGCUGCAGCACUUCAUCUCAGAUCUAGAAGCAGAAAGUCCUUCGCAUCAGCUGAAGCAGCAGAUCCUCCAGGCCACCGAGGGCUGCUGGCCCCAAGAGCUGCGACAGCUGGCGAUGGCUGGGGCGGCUGCGCAUCCCUGGGAGUCGAUCUUUGCUGCCUUGACACCACAGCAGCUGAGCAAAGUGUCGGCCUCCGCCUCGCAGAUGUCGCUGAAGGAGAGCAACUUUGGAAGGUCCAUCAGCACAGGACGGUGGCGUUUUGGCCGUCGCUGUAGCCACUGCAGUGCCAUCGGACGAGGAGGAUUUGUGACGCUGACAUCCGGAGUGAACCAGGUGGCCAGUGGUCAGGUGGAAGUAAUCUACACCCUGUUGUGCGGUGACGUCGGAGCAUUGGCGACAGAGCACCCGGAACCUGCUCCUGGUAAGCCAUGGCGACGCAGCGACGCCAAGGAGCUGUCCC